AAGUUGCAGCAUACUGUGCAAGAGGAGAGAAUACAGGCAAUUUUAAAUGGCAGACGGGCAGAAGGGACCUGUACCCCAAGUGCUAGUGUGCAGCCACUUGUUGCUGGCGACAGUGAGAUGCUGGUACAUGUACCACCACCACCUCAAAUUCGUACAUCACAUGCACAAAGUGAUUAUACACCACAAGUAUCACCAUAUCCUAUUUCCAGUACACCAUCACACACACGCAUUUCAGACCAACAACAGGCAUCACCACUGCAACCAAGUAGAACACCAGUAUACACACAUGAAACAAACCAACAAAAGACUGUUCCAGCACACACCAUAAACACAACACCAGUAAACAGUAAACAGCAACUUCAUACCAUGUCACAUUAUUCUGGGAAUAGCACACCCCAGCCAAGCCAUGAAAACCAGCAACUAAGAACACCUCUUCAAACAAAUAGUGUGCAGAUGAGGCCUUCACACAUGUCCAUGCUGGAUGACAGUGACACAGAUGACCUUAUUGAACUAAACCCUCUGUGUCGUCCAGAAGCAACUAACAGGAGCAGUGAGUGGGAGUCCUUUGCUUCUCACUUCACCUCAGAGUUCGAGUGGCUGAAGGCUGAGGUGGAGAUGCUACGUAACGAAGUCCAACAGCUGAAAAAAGCCAACAAAGGCUCCAAGGUACAUGUAACCUUAUGUAGCUUCAUGUUUCACUACUGUCAGUAAAAGUACAAAUGUAAAAUUAACAGCUGUCUAGUCCUACUCUCAAAAAAGGGAAAUGGCAAUUUACCAGUAUUGUACCUGGCCUUACAAAAAGAACCCUCCAACUUUUUCUAGAAAGAGAGUCAUUUUCUUUGGUUUGAGUUACUUCUUGCUCAACUAAAACUACUAUAAGAGCAUUUUACAGCCAUGUACACUGAAUAAAUCUCACUCUCUAAGACAGACACCUUUAGGACCAGCCCCGACUGUCCAUCUCAGGGAAUAUUCUGGCUUAUAGUCUGACCAAAAAUAAAAUGAACUUAAAUAAUGACUGCUUUCCCUUUGUCAAUAUUUAGCAGAGGAGGGAACAAAACAUAGAAAAUCUCAAAGAAGGCUCGAUGGCAAGCAGUUGCUAGUAAUUAGAUCGAAUUUUGAUGAGUUUGUUGAAACAAACACACUGCCAGCUCUAGAUGCUUGCAUUAUAUAUGUUGACAAUUGAUUAUCAAUGUAAAUGUAUUUUUUUCACUGCAGGAACAUUUGCAGGGACUUGUUUCCCGUAUGACUUCCCCAUUUGAAGGACUGAAGAAAGUUUUAUUUUACCUUUUCACUGAGGAACAAUUAAGAUGCUCCUCCCUGAAAGGGAUCACUAAUGUUGCUGGUGGGGCAAAUACUGCCUUAGACAAGGAAAAGUUAAACAGUUUAUACUGUAAGUCAAUGUUCUUUCUCUUUUAA